AUGUCGACUCCUCCUUCCUCCCGCCCUGACUCUCCUGUUUAUUGGGAUCCGCAUAACUUACCAUGUCGCGACCAUUGUCACAGUAAACGCGAAUACCUCUUGGCUCAAAUCCGACAGAAAGACGCAAUCAUUGAAUCGCUGUUGAAGCAGCUUCAUAAUCCUUACACCGCGACACCGUUAUCGAUUGCCUCGUACCGGAUGGCGACUUCACCUUCGGACCAAAAUAACCGCAGCAUCUUGGAUUGGCUAGACCGCCUACAAUCCAGCGUUCGUGAUACAGGCUCCAAGGGAGGGCCCCACACAUUCCUUGGUGCCCGAGAGACAAUCCAAGAAGAGUCUGACCACGAGGAGGAAACCCAAGGGGACCAGGACCAAGAAGGCGAUAGCGAUUCGGACACCUUGUCUUCCGACGACAAGAUUAGGUCAUCACUUCCAGACGCCCAUGUCCCUCUCGGUCUUAUCGCCAAUCUGAGUUUGAGCAAUUCGAAAACGUCCAAGAAGAAGAAGGACAUUUCCAAAGAUGCCGUCGCAAUCGCCGAAGAAGACUUCAACGACGAUAAUGUGGGCGUUGCGAAUGAGGGAUACUUCAUGCCUGGCCCCGCCACGGACCUUACAAUCCGCGCCACUCUUAUCGAGCAGCACAGUCCCCCUGAAAUCUUGGUACACGGCCUUGUGACCCCGGAGGAUGUGGACAAACUCUUCGAUAUUUUCUUCAAAUGCAUCAACCCCUUCGUCUCCCUUCUCGACCCUGUUUUGCACACUCCAGCUACCACCUUCGCCAGGUGUCCUUUCCUGUUCACAGUCGUUCUCAUCGCGCCACAACCAGUCUGCGCUGUCGCAUCCCGGUAUUAUACCGAGAAGUCAGAGAUAUACCCCAUCGCGAUGCAUUUCGCGAAGCACUCCGCUGCCACAGCCCUGAUUGACGGGUGGAAAUCGGUCGAGCUUUGCCAGGCCUAUAUCCUGAUGAGCAUUUACUCCGUCCCUGCGCGUCGCUGGGAAGAGGAUCGCAGCUGGCUAUACACCGGUCUAGCCAUUCGCAUCGCCACCGACCUGAAUCUGCACCAUGUCCCCACCAUCAAGCCCACCUCCGAGAAGCAAGAGCGAGAAAUCCUCAACAAGACGCGCGUGUGGAUGAUUUGCUUCAAUUUGGAUCGAUCAACGGCGACCCAGUUUGGUAAGCCAUCGACCAUCAAAGAAGACUUUAUCGUCCGGAACGCCAAGGAAUGGUACAAGAAAUCUCAAUAUAAUCAUCCUUACGAUGUCCACCUCUGCGGAUAUUCCACUCUCUUGCAAAUCAUCGCCAAAUUCCACGAUGAAAUCUUCAGCGAUCCGUCCCAACCAAGCAGACUCAACAAGAAUGUCGAUUUCCGAUCCGUAACGCUUGAACACGAUGUUCAUCUCACCAACUUCCACAAGGAGUGGGAGACCAGGUUCAAAGAAGAGUCCAACCCUGAUGACCCUGGAGCGGCAUUCCGAUGCACAUUGUUACCUUACCUCGUCGCCUACUCCAGGCUCGUUAUGUUCUCCUUUGGGUUCCAGAAGGCAUUCCAGCGCGGCCUCCGGUCAAAUGACAACAUCUUUUUCACCAAGUGUCACGAAUCAGCGAAAUCUGUCAUCGAGAACAUGGUUGAUGGACUGGCUCCCGGAGGUUACAUGCGCUACGCACCCGACGGACACUUCGUUUUCGCGGCUUUUGCAUCCGCGUUCUUGCUCAAGCUCCUUCGCCCAGAAUUCUCCAGCCUUCUCAAGAAGGAUGAGGAGAAUGAGAUCUUUGAGCUCAUCGGACGGCUGAUUCAGACUCUCAGCUCCCCGAAGAUAGCCAUUGAUGAUAGACAUACGCCAAAGCUAUACGCUCGGUUCCUCGCUGGGCUCCUCUCCCGGCACCGCCGAGACGGCGCCACAGUUGGUCGCCUUCAGACACAACCGCCUCCCCCGCACCAACCCUCUGGAGGAAUCCCAGGCACAAGCGCUGGCUCCAUGUCGACAUUCUCUUCUUCCCCCAGUUCGGGCGCCGGUGGAACGUCUGCGACAGGGGGUGGUGCGUUUGGAGGCUCUUCAUACUCUCCUGCUCCAAACCCUGGUGAUUCCAUCAUUUACAUGCCAGAGGCCACAUUUGCAUCUGGCACGGGUCCGAUUCAUUUCGGUCCAAGCGAGAUUAACGCUUAUGCCGGCAACACCUUCACUGAAGAGGAGACGUUGGCGACCAUGCAAGCUAUCAGCAAUCCCGCAUGGUGGAAGGAUAUGAUGAUGCCUGGAUUCCAAUGGCCAGAAGGUUCCCCUUCCCCGCCCGUCUCGCAGCAGUCUUCUUCCAACUCGCCUUACUCUUCCGAUAGGUCCAAUAGCAACAAUAUGGGUUACAGUUACACCUCGAACAUGCCGGGGCUGACAGGCACGUUCGGUAUGUUCCACAGUGGCAGUCAAAUUCCGCUUCAUUGA